AUCGAGGCCGCCCAGUCAGCAACAAGGCGCGGAUGAACGUACACGUUCUUUGCUUCGAAAAAAAAAACAAAGUUUACUGUGGAAUCCCGCCAUUUUUGCACUGAACUGUCAAAUAGUUUAGCAAAAUAACAUUUUUAAAUGAAAAUUGUAGUGUUGUGAGCGUGAAUUGUGAUUUGGAUUUUCGCCAAUUUUUGCUCGAAAUAAUCAUAACUGCCACCACAUCAUGACAAACUAAGCCAUGGAGAAGUUACUAACAGCCUGCAAGCUGCGAACCCCUCGAGGUGACGAGGAGUUGUCUCGAAGCCAGUACUCCCUGGUCUCCCAAGACUUGACGGAAGAAGCUGUGCAGUUGUGGCUGGGACUACCUGAGGAAGUCAGGACUGAUUCCUCUUGGGAACUCUUCAAAAAGCGUUAUGAGAGGCACGGUGGAGUGGAAACUACACACAGGUCUUCAAAAAACGGGGCGGUAACCAAACGACUGCCUUCAGUAAGUUCGGCACCACAUUUACAUGAAGCUGGCAGCCAAGAUGAUGAAGUUAGGGUCCUCAAUAAUGCUAAAGGAACUAGAAUAGAAAUGGAGAAUAAGAAUAAGGAGGGAGUAUCCGAUGUUAUGCCUUCAGGUUUGGACACAUCGAAAAAGCCUUCAAAGAUGGCACAAGCUAGACAGACAGUUAAAAUUUCCAUUCUAGUUGGAGUCUGGAUAUUUUUCACAGUUGCUUUUCUAAUGCAUAGUGAAAAGGAAGAGGUGACUAGACAUUCGUCAGUCGCACCUGAAAAAAUUAAAGACUACAUUAUAGAAAAUGAUCAAAAUAAGCUGUCAGUACUUUUGAAGCUAACGGGGCCAUUUCUAACUGAGCAGUAUGAGAAAAAACUAAAUUAUAGUGAGAGAAAGAAUAUGAAUAACAUGCACAUAUGGAUUGAAAAGUGGGUUGUAAAUGGGAAUUCUAGUGAUGGUGACGUCAAAUAUGAUGCAGUUCAGACCUCAAACCACUGGACAAUACUCCUAGAAAAUCAGAUGGAAGAUUUUCACGAAAGCGAAACUCGUUCCUCCAUAUUACAACUGCCUCCUUUAUCUACUAAUACCAAUGUCCUGUCUGUCCGUUUGUCCUCUACUUCCCAUACAAUUGUUCCUUUUACUUUGAGCUAUACUUUGGACCCUUUGGACAGAACCGCGGGUUUGGUAUAUGCUUGUAUACUGCUGGCUUCGUUGUAUGCUCUUAUCGUUUUUGAGGUAAUAAACAGAACGAUGGCAGCCCUUCUAUUAUCGACGGCAUCUUUAGCAGCUCUAUCUAUAGCUGGUGAAAGACCGUCCAUCCCUGAGCUGAUCUCCUGGCUGGAUGUAGAGACCUUACUUCUUCUCUUCAGCAUGAUGGUCCUAGUCGCGUUCCUUGCUGAAACUGGGGUCUUUGAUUAUUUUGCUGUGCUCACUUUUCAGUUAGCAAAAGGCAAGAUCUGGUCGUUGAUUACACUACUAUGUGUGAUAACAUCGGUAGUUUCAUUGCUAUUGGACAAUGUGACGACUGUUCUUCUAAUGACGCCAGUUACAAUACGACUUUGUGUGGUGAUGAAAUUGGAUCCAGUACCAGUUCUGCUUUCAAUGGUGAUGUUUUGCAAUCUUGGUGGGACUGCUACACCAGUUGGAGAUCCCCCUAAUGUCAUCAUCGCUUCGAACAAGCAAGUUGUACAAGCUGGCAUCAAUUUUACAAAUUUUACUAUGCACAUGACCCUUGGCAUACUUUUUGUAGCUAUCCAGACUUAUUUUCAACUGCGGUUCUUAUUAAGAGAUCCUAAUAAGUUAAGGAUCAGUGACUCUGAGGAAAUACAGGAAAUCCGUCGUCAGAUUUCAAUAUGGCGUCACGCAGCCGACUCUUUGCCUCAUUUAAGUAAUGACCACUUAAUCAUUAAGAGACGACUUGACAAGAAGAUAUCUAAACUGAUGGUUAAGUUAGAUCUUUUGGUUAAAGAGGGUAAGGUUAGGACUUGCCCUAAAAAGGACUUUGAAGCUACGCUAGCUGAUAUGAGAGAAAAGUACAAAAUAAGGGACAAGGUGCUUCUAGUCAAAUGCUCCGUCACAAUAGCUUUCGUUGUCAUCGUAUUUUUUCUCCACUCCUUACCUGAAUUCAAUCGUAUAUCCCUGGGCUGGUCGGCACUCCUAGGUGCUCUAUUGCUGCUAACACUAGCUGAUCGCGAGGAUCUAGAGCCGGUGCUGCACAGGAUCGAGUGGUCCACACUGCUGUUCUUCGCUGCACUCUUUGUAUUAAUGGAGGCUUUAUCCAAACUAGGUCUUAUAGGCUACAUUGGGGGUUGGACUGAAGCUUUAAUUCUAAGAGUGCAUGAAAAUGACCGUUUGGCAGUCGCAUUGGUACUCAUGUUAUGGGUUUCAGGUAUAACAUCAGCAUUUGUAGAUAAUGUUCCUUUAACGACUAUGAUGGUUAGAGUCGUGACGUCUUUGGGCACCCAUCCUACGCUUAACCUGCCUAUGGCUCCGUUAAUAUGGGCUUUAUCUUUUGGAGUAUGUUUGGGCGGUAACGGCACAUUAAUAGGUGCUAGUUCAAACGUGGUUUGCGUAGGGCUGGCCGAACAACAUGGCUAUAAAAUUACUUUUAUGCAGUUCUUUAAAAUAGGCUUCCCAAUUAUGAUAGGGCAUUUAAUAGUGGCUACAGGCUACCUUCUGUUGUGUCACUGCGUUUUUACAUGGCAUUGAUUAUACAAGGUAUUGAUUUGCAUUUGUGCCAUAUUUCAGGAGGAGGACAUAAAAUACGUAAAUAAUCGAUUGGAAUUACAGUAGACGGGAAAUAGCUAAUAUGCACUGCUUUUUUUUGUCAUUGUAAUGUUGUAGUAUUUCAGAAGUAAUCCAAUUUUAUGAAUGAACUUUAUGAAUGAUCGUUGCGUAUGCUUUGUGUGUGCAUUUGUGUGAGGGCGCAGCACGGUUAAGUUUAAAUACGGCUAGAUAAAAUCGACGAAAAAAAAAAUUUUUUUUUUGUGUUGAUUUGGUUCGAGAAUCAUUAGCAUAAUUACGUCCUUGAAUAUGGCACGGAUGCAAAUCAACAGCUUGUAUAAUUACUUAGCCACAAAUGUCUCGUGGCUACUUAAUUGUAAUUGUUGAGUUUCAAUUAAUGUUAAAGACUUUACUCUUGUAAAUUUUACCGUCCACACAAAGCUUCAUUAAAUCUAUUGCUGACACUUUUUAUCUUGCUGACAAAGAAAGAGUUAGCAAUAGAGUUAAAAAAGCUUUAACAGUAAUGGAGCUUUGUGCAACUAACGGCUACUCAUGUAAGUUGCUUACAUAGGUAAUUGGCUUGCGAUUUUACAAGUGUAAAAACACUUCGUAAGCUGCCGACAGUAAUUUAUUAGAACUUCGUACAAUUUACGAAAGUUACUCAUAGUUAUCGGCACGAAUCUUGAGCUCUGACCUACAUCUGCGCAGAAGUGAUGUAUUAGCGAAGAACCAAUCCCGAGUGACGGCUAUGACGCGAUGCACUGCGGGCCAAUCACAGCUUUAGCCCGCCCCCACGCCUCACUUCAUACCACAAAAGGUUACUUCUGCGCAGCUGAAGGUCAGAGCUUAAGAUUCGUGCCGAUAACUAUACGUAACUUUUACAGAAACAAGGGUAAAGUCUGGGUUGUUUUAUAGCAAUGUUUUGGAACAAAUGUAAAUUAUUUGAAUUGUUAUGAGAAGAAAAGUGUAUCGCAAGUUAAUAGUAUAUAAUAUGCCGUCCGCAAAGAAUAAAAUUAAAUGUAAGUGAGCCCUAACAAAUAAUUAAGGUCAUGGUAAUUAAUAAAUAUCAAGUACAAAUAAAUAUUAUUUUAGUCUUAUCAUAAGUUGUAUAAAUAGGUUGUUAUUUUACUAAGAAAUACAGUUUCCUUGUGAUUUACAAAUAAGGAAAAAA